CAAAGCAAGGGCUUAGCCUAAACCCCAAGCCCUAGUCUCUCUCUGAAGCUCGAGCUCAUUCCAAUGGCGGCUUUCGACCACGUCCGCAACAUGCACGACAUUGCCCUGAAGCCCCGUUUGCUCCGCUCGCUGAUCAGAGACCACUUGCCGGACGAAAAGCAUCCGUUCAAGGGUCCUCUGCAGCUGUCACACGUCGUGUCGACGGUUAAGACACAUCGACUCUUAUCGGAAUCUCUCGCCGGAGUUGAAUCCACUGAUCCAAAGGCGGUGGAAACCUGGAAGGCUGCCGUGGAUGCUUGGGUCGACCGCGUCCUGUCGCUCGCCUCUAGCAAUAUGCCAGAUAAAUGCUGGGCUGGAAUAUGUUUGCUAGGGGUUACUUCUCAAGAAUGCAGUUCUGAACGUUUUUUGGCAUCAUACUCGUUGUGGCUCCAGAAGCUCCAAUCGUAUAUUCAGCAGCCUCCGGCAGAUUCUCAUUUUGUAAAGGUGGCUGCUUGUGCCUCGUUGUCAGAUCUGUUCACAAGGAUGGGUAGAUUUCCAAGAAUAAAGAAAGAUGCAACCUCCCAGGCUGUAAAACUUACUCAACCUGUACUGAAGUUGUUGAAUGAAGAUAGCUCUUCAUAUAUGAUGGGUAGAUUUCCAAGAAUAAAGAAAGAUGCAACCUCCCAGGCUGUAAAACUUACUCAACCUGUACUGAAGUUGUUGAAUGAAGAUAGCUCAGAAGCUGUAUGGGAAGUAGCUGUUUGUUUACUAUGCACCUUUACAACUUCCUUUCCUUCUUCCAUUCAGCGAUGUUACGACACUGCUGAAGCUGCUGUUGUUUCAAAAAUCAUGUCAGGGAAAUGCAGUGUGAAAUUGAUGAAGGAGCUCGGUCAUUGCUUGGCGCUGCUUCCAAAAUCUAAAGGAGAUGAGGAAAGCUGGUCAUUGAUGAUGCAGAAGAUUUUAUUAAGAAUUAAUGUUCACCUAAACGAUGCUUUCCAAGGGGUAGAAGAAGAUUCAAAAGGUAAUGAAGCUAUGAGGAUAUUAGUUCCCCCAGGAAAGGACCCCCCACCUCCUUUAGGAGGCCAGGUUGUAGGAGAAGCCUCGGACCAAAGAAUAAAGAGAUCUCAGCAGUUGCAGAUAUCCAGUGUCUCAAUCUUGAUGCGUUGCAGUUGUACUAUGCUUACAAGUACUUAUCCUGUUCAGGUUAGAGUUCCUAUUCGCUCCUUAGUAGUACUUGCAGGGAGGGUGCUGAUGGUGGAUGGGUCCUCGUCUCAAGCCGUAUUUCCCUUCAUGACUGCAAUGCAACAAGAAUCUAUUUGCUUAGAACUUCCAGUUUUGCACAUGCACAGCUUGGAACUCCUCAGUGCUAUCAUAAAGAGUGCACGCAGUCAGCUAUUACCGCAUGCUGCAGAAAUUGUGCGACUCCUGACAGAGUAUUUUAAGAGAUGUGUAUUGCCAGAUUUGAGGAUAAAGGUCUACUCAAUAAUAAGGAUUUUGCUGAUGUCCUUGGGGGUCGGCAUAGCAGUCUAUCUCACACAGGAAGUUAUCAAGAAUGCUUUUCUUGAUUUGGAGACUAUUGCUUAUGAAGGUGGUCAAACAUCUUCUAGUGCAUACUCAAAGGCCUCCACUGAGAUAUUAUUGCAACCUGACCAGAAGAAAAGGAAGCAUUCAAGUACAACUGUUUCACUUGAUGAGCAGACUGAUAGAGUUGAUUUGGAAGUGGGAGUGCCCAUAAACCCCAUUCCAAUUUCAUUAAAGAUAGCUGCGCUUGAAACACUGGAGGCACUUCUGACUGUGGGCUCUGCUUUGGGAGCUGAGAGCUGGCGACCAAGUAUAGAUAGUCUUCUUAUUAGUGUAGCUACGAAUGCUUGUAAAGGGGGAUGGACUAAGGAGGAAAAUCAUAGUUUUCUUUCGAGUGAAUCUGUCCCGGCUUGGGCAGAUUUUCAGCUUGCAGCCUUACGUGCACUUUUGGCAUCUCUUCUUUCUCCUACUCGCUUUCGGUCCCCAAAUCUAGCUCGGGGUCUUGACCUUUUCCGUAGAGGAAGGCAAGAAACUGGAACGAAGACUGCAGAAUUUUGUGCGCAUGCUCUUUUGGCAUUGGAAGUGCUCAUACAUCCUAGGGCCCUUUCACUGAUCGAUUUCUCCUCUCCCAGCAAUACCUCCUUCAAUGGGGUUAACAGCAGGUUCCCAGAUGUAUACUCAUAUGGUAAUAAACAAAAUACCCCAUUUUCAAGCGGCAUAAUGGGGAAGGGACCUAACGAUUCCAACUCUGUUGAUGAUGACCUAUAUGAAAGUUGGCUUGCAAAUGAUGAUGAAAUUGAGAUUCCAGAGACCGAAACAGAAAAGGAUAGAGAUUAUGCCGAACAACAUUCAGAAAUGUUUGGAGUUUCUGAAGAAAAUCGACAGGAACUAGUGUCAGUUCAUGAUGCUAGGAUAAUUGAAGCGAAAGGAGACGAAAAUAUGGUUGAAGUGCAACAUUUGCAAGAGCCAAUUAAGCUAGAUGGGACAGUGCCUAUUGUUGGCGGUGGUUCUUUGGCGGCUCAAAUAAGUGGUGGGGUUGUUUCAGACAGCAGUGAGCUGGAUCCUGUUGAGGGUAAAGUGGAUACUGGCAAUAAUGUCUUGGCAGCUAUAACGGAUUCGUUUGAUAUGGAGGGUGUGAGCACUAAUGUUGGAACAUCAAGUUUGGGGAAAAACAAGGAUUCUGCUAUUGACUUGGAUAGUGAGUCAGAAUCAAUUCCUGACAUUGUGGAUGGGGAUCCAGAUUCUGAUUAGAUGUUAGUGAAUUCCGGUAACUUAUGCCAAAUCGGUUGGGAUGUAAGCAAGAGUGUAGUUGUAAUUGGCUAGUUUUCAUGUAGUCAUGAAAAUGGGAGUUUUGAUCUCAUUAAAUUUUCCGUCUCAGCUGGUUAUGUAGUGUAACGGUUUUUGCUUAUUGACGAUACUUACCAAUGGAAAUCUGGUGUCUUGGAGAAAA